AAAUUGCGGCAUCUGCGUUCUAGAUUCCAUUUACUCACACUUCCCAUUCCAUCUCUUUCCAUCUCAUAACUUUUCUUCUUCCUUUGGGUUUCACACAAAAACACCGAGCCAAAGCUUCAGUUUCAGUUUCAGCUUUGGCUGAAGGCUCCACCACUGCAGAGACGUGCAUAGUUGAAGAACCUCAAAAAAAUUGGUCAUGUCAGCAUCUCAGAAACCAUCAUCAUCUUGUUCAGUGACGAGUACUGUAGCAUUAGCAAGAGAUAUUGAUCCACUAUUGAAGGAUUUGAACGAAAAGAAGCAGAGUUUCAAGCGCAACGUGGUGUCUUUGGCUGCAGAGUUGAAGGAUGUUCGGAACCGACUUGCUUCACAGGAACAAUCUUAUGCCAAAGAAACCUUAACAAGAAAGGAAGCAGAGUCUAAAGCCAAGAGCAUGGAGUUUGAAAUUGGAAGAUUGCAAAAGAAAUUGGAAGAAAGGAACGAGCAGCUUCAGGCUUCAGCCUCUUCUGCUGAAAAGUAUCUGAAGGAUUUGGAUGAUCUUAGAACACAGCUUGUAGUGACAAGAGCAACUGCGGAUGCGAGUGCCGCAUCGGCUCAAUUGGCACAGCUCCAAUGUCUAGAACUUCUAAAGGAACUUGAUGAGAAAAACACUUCGCUAAGAGAGCACGAGGAUCGAGUAACUAGGCUUGGCGAGCAACUUGACAACCUACAGAAGGAUCUUCAGGCAAGGGAAUCUUCACAGAAGCAAUUGAAGGAUGAAGUCAUGAGAAUUGAGCGCGAUAUUAUGGAGGCUCUUGUGAAAGCGGGAGAGGACAAGGACUGUGAACUGCGGAAAUUAUUGGAUGAAGUUUCUCCUAAGAAUGUCGAAAAGAUGAAUAAGCUUCUGGUUGUUAAGGAUGAGGAAAUAGCAAGACUUAAGGAUGACAUUAAGAUUAUGUCUGCUCAUUGGAAAAUCAAGACUAAGGAAUUAGAGUCACAGUUGGAGAAACAGAGGCGCGUUGAUCAGGAGCUGAAGAAGAGGGUCUUGAAGCUGGAGUUUUGUCUGCAGGAAGCUCGUUCUCAGACACGAAAACUUCAAAGGAUGGGAGAAAGGAGGGACAAAGCAAUUAAAGAACUGAGAGAUCAAUUAGCAGCAAAACAACAGAGAGCACCCGAGGAUGCAGAAAAGCAUCAUCACCAACAGAAUUUCUGGGACACAUCUGGAUUCAAAUUAGUAGUCUCUAUGUCCAUGCUGGUCUUGGUAGUAUUUUCAAAGCGGUGAACCGUUUCUGUGCCCCCUCUCCCCUUUUGUCCCAUCUCUCUUGUAUAUAUUAGGAAUCUAGAACCUUUAGUUGAUUUGAGUAUUGUAGAGAAUAGUUAAGACUAGUUGUAGAAUCCGUACAAAUGCAGUUUUAGAGAUAAUCUAGCUUUAGCUUCUGUAUUUUAUAAAACCCCAUUAUAUUAUAUGUUUAAGCUAAGCCAA